UUGUGGUGAGUUAGUCUGUUCGUUUCUCAGAUAACAAUCCUUGAAAUUAAUUUAUUUAAUAUUUUAUACUUUAUGGUGCACAAAUAUAAUCAGUAACUCAAAAUGCGAUCAAAGAUUUGGAUGUGAGUCAAUGGACGCUUGAGUUUUCUGAGCCACCAAACGCCCCUCAGAGGCGUCUAAUAUGAAAGUUAACAGGAACUUUUGUUGUUUCACGGUUUGUGUUGUGCGUGCAAUAUUUCCUCGAAGCCGAGGGUAGUGCACCCUCUCUUCCACUGGCUCAUGACAGCAACUGAGUAGAUGUAAUACAUAUUUCAUCUUCAGUUCUGCUGGACUAAAUCUACACAAUCUGUGUGAUAGAAGUCUGCAAAACACACGCAAAAGAAGGAAAUCAUUCCAGAAUUCCCAACCUGUCAGACUACUUCCUGGACACGCCUCCUUUUCUAGCAAAGGAACAUCUCCGAACAGAAAGAGGAAGUGCUUUAAUCUCAUUCUCUGAUUCUGUGUGUGUCUGCUGGGGGCUGACCUCUCACCUCUGUGCGACAGUCAGACAGAACUGGAGCGCUCCAAAGAUGGCUAGACCAAGCUCAGAUUUAACAGAGUUUCGUGAGGAUUUUGCUAAAGCCAAGCACAUUGCUAUCAUUACGGGGGCUGGAGUGAGUGCAGAGAGUGGAGUCCCAACCUUUAGAGGACAGGGGGGCUACUGGAGGAAAUGGCAGGCACAGGAUUUGGCAACCCCUGAAGCUUUCUCUCGAGAUCCUUCUUUAGUUUGGGAGUUUUACCAUUACAGGCGUGAGGUUAUGCGCAGUAAGAUGCCAAACCCAGCCCACCUGGCUAUAGCGGAGUGUGAGUCCCGUCUCAGCAAACAGGGGCGCUCUGUUGUGAUCAUCACUCAGAACAUCGAUGAACUGCACCGUCGUGCUGGCUCCGAACAUCUCUAUGAAAUCCACGGUAGUCUAUUUAAAACCCGCUGCAUGAGCUGUGGAGAAGUCAAAGCCAACCACAAGAGUCCAAUCUGUCCUGCUCUGGAGGGGAAAGGAGAGCCUGACCCCAGUGCCAAGGAUGCCAGGAUACCAGUGGAGCACCUGCCUAGGUGUGACAGAAGUGGCUGUAAUGGAUUGCUGAGGCCUCAUGUGGUUUGGUUCGGAGAGACUCUGGAUUCAGAUAUCCUCACCGCUGUGGAGCAGGAGCUGGAAAAAUGUGAUCUCUGCUUAGUGGUGGGUACCUCCUCCAUAGUUUACCCAGCAGCCAUGUUUGCUCCUCAGGUGGCAGGAAGAGGAGUGCCUGUAGCUGAAUUCAACAUGGAGAGCACACCUGCUACUAUGCGCUUUAAAUAUCACUUUGAGGGUCCUUGUGGUGUCACACUGCCUCCUGCCCUGGAACGCCACGAGAGCGAGGUUAUUUAAGGAGAGAGAAGGCAUGACCCAUUUGUUCAUGCCUACUGCAUAGAGCACUUUAACAGAGCACAUUGGAUUGGUUCAUGCCUUCAUUGUUAGCGUGCUAUGAAGAUUUAUUGUAAAGGCUGAAAUUAAGUUUUAAAUAGUGUCUUUUUGAGUGUUUGCUUGGCCUGUGCGUUUUGGGCAAGUUGUGUUUUUGGCAUUGGAUCUUAGUAGAUUUGUUCCUGUUGAUUCAUUGGUAACUCAUUUAAGUCGUGGAAUACCUGGGAAUUUAAAGAUCGUAAUUUCCAGACCCAGAAAUGUCAUAGAAGAUAAUAGUUUUAAAGAGUUAUGGAAAUUUCAAUCGUGAGUAAGUUUUCAAUAUGAUCAGUUCUGAAAUAUUUCAUUGGCAAAAAAAAAAAAAAAAAAAAAACUGGCCUUAAAAAUCAUGAAAAUUGAUUGGUCAAAUGUUGUGGGUACCCUGAACGUACAUGUAGGACUAGACACUAAUGCAGUAUAAUGAUUUUGAAUGAGCUGUGUCAGGAUGAGCACAGACGGACACAAUUAGUGUGGAAUCAGGAGUUUUACUUGAAAUAAAAUAACAAUAAAAUAAAGUGUCCAAGGGGAAUACUUAAAAACACAUGAGUACAUGAACAAGAUUUAUGACUGGUUUUUAAAUUCUAUUGUUAGUGUUGGGUUAUUAAAGGGAUAGUUCACCCAAAAAGGAAAUCAUUAAUCACUCAUCCUUCAUCUCUUUCCAACCCUGUAAGACCUUUGUUCAUCUUCAGAACACAAAUUAAGAUAUUUUUGAUGAAAUCCGAGAGCUUUCUGGCCCUCCACAGACAGCAACACAGUGUCGUGAUACUCUUGUGAAUGCACAUCUUAGGCUUAAACGGAGGAGAAGAAAUUGAUGCAUGAAGUCAUUAUUUGUUUUCUUUGCACACACACACACACAAAAA